UUUAGAUGCCAGUUUCUCUCUCUCUCUCCUCGUACACCUCCCCUAAAAAUAUUGCAACACCUCAAAGGCCCUUUCGCCUCCCACCUGUAUCCUUCAGUGGAGAUACGGGAGCCCCUGGAUUCGGUGGAAAAAAUAAAAAAUAAAAACCAGUGUUGACUAAAAGUAAUAGAUGACGUUACACCAGAUUCCUCUUCUUUUUCUCCGGACUCCCGACCGUUCAGCACUCGCAGGAGAGCGCUCCGUGUCUCAGAGGCUGUCAUGUUUCUUUCGUUGAGGAGAAAUCGCCCGCGGAGCCCGUCGAUGUUGCUCAAGCUCAAGCGGUGAAAUAUGCACCGGGGACCUAACGAACUGCCGCAACAGGCAAGUGCAAGUCUGCAUCCUCUCGUCCUCCGAGAUGCCUGGCUUCACAGUUUUUCGAGUCACUAAGCCUAAUUUGCCCCUCCGCUGAGGAAUUUGGGGAGACGGUAGUUUAGAGCCAACUGGUGGCUGCUUUGCCUGGAAGUCGUCAGAGGAGAUCGAUUUUUGAGGAACCUCGCAGGGGCCGCGGAUUCAUGGAUUGAAAGUGGAGAAUAAGGCGCUGGAAGACGCGGGAGCUUUCCAAAAGACACCCCUGUCUGUCUUCUUAGAUUAUUCUCAUUUAUCUCUCCCCGAACGCUCCCGAUAUCUUCCGGUGCAACGACGUCGACCUGCCACCCAGAGCCGCCUAUAACCUCUCCAGUCUCCGGGGCGCAGCGCGUCAGUCUGCGCUGAUGGAGCCAUUACUCCCCCUGUCAACUUGGAUGCGGAUUCUUGGAAAUUCGUCAAUGGCAGUCCCUCCGUGUCGAUGAUCACGGGAGUUCAGAAAAUACCGGACGGGAGGAAAGACAUGAAAGACACGUGGAUUCCGAAGGCGCACCGUCGUGCCCGGGUUUGACGCGCGCAGGUGUCCAGUCCACCGGCUUAUUUGUUCUCCCCCUCAUUGUGCGUUUGUGCAGUGUGAACUGCUAUUUUACAAAUGUAUGUGCAAGCAGAAAAAAGGGAUUGAAGAAGACGUUCAACAGGAGAGCUUUGAACACAGGAAUGCCCCUGUACGGAUAUUUGCUUUGGGUUUGAGGGGAGAAAUCGCUCGGAUAUCAAACCUCUCCGGCGGAGACGCAGCAGAGGCUCUGGAGUUACAGAGAGCAGGGGAGAGGAAUUUGGAAAGUAGAGCUAAUAUAUACGGAUUACCAGGCUUUUUAUUCUCCUGCUAACAACUGGAGGGGAGCUCUUCUUUAAUGUCUGAAAAGACCGUUGGGUGGCCAUGACGAGCGAGGAGGAGGAGGGCUCCGGCAUUGCGACACCGACAGCAGCGACACCGACGACUGCGGCGACGAUCUCCAGGGUGACGGCCGCCAUAGUCAGAGGCGUCAGUGGCGAUGCCGUCUCUACCUCGUCCCCCCGCGGGCCCUCUCCGUACCGCCGGCCACGUCCCGUGGAAAAGGAGGCGAAAGAGAUGGAAAUAGAAGAGGAGGGGAUAGUUGAGGAGGAGCGGAUGGAGAAGGAGGUGGAGGAGGUGGAGUGUGAGGAGGAUGAUGACGAUGAUGGCAGCAGUGAUACCAGUGUCUUAGUGGUGCCCUAUCCCGAGCUGGUACCUGUGGUCUUCUUCUGCCUCAAGCAGACAACGUGUCCCCGAAGCUUGUGCAUCCGCAUGGUCUCCAGCCCGUGGUUCGAGCGUGUCAGCAUGAUGGUGAUCCUGUUGAACUGCGUCACCCUGGGAAUGUACCAGCCCUGCGAGAACAUCGACUGCUCCUCAGACCGAUGCCAAAUAUUACAGGCCUUUGACGCAUUCAUCUACAUCUUCUUUGCUCUGGAGAUGGUUAUAAAGAUGGUGGCUCUGGGAAUCUUUGGCCGACGCUGUUACCUCGGAGACACGUGGAACCGGCUGGACUUCUUUAUCGUCAUGGCUGGGAUGGUUGAAUACUCUCUGGACCUGCAGAACGUCAACUUCACCGCCAUCAGAACAGUGAGGGUACUGCGGCCCCUCAAAGCCAUUAACAGGGUGCCAAGCAUGCGCAUCCUGGUCAACCUGCUGCUCGACACUCUGCCCAUGCUGGGCAACGUCCUCCUCCUCUGCUUUUUUGUCUUCUUCAUUUUCGGCAUCAUCGGGGUGCAGCUGUGGGCGGGGCUGCUGAGGAACCGCUGCUACCCAGAGGAGAACUUCACACUCACUGCCGGUAUGAGUCUUCCUCGGCCCUACUACAUGGCUGAUGAGGAUGACGAGCGUCCCUUCAUCUGCUCCCUGCCCAUCGACAACGGCAUCAUGUCCUGCUCCGAUGUCCCGGCCCGCCGCGAGGGAGGCAGGACGUGCUGCCUGGACAAAGAGGACGUCCUGUACCGUCAGUCGCUCGGCCUGAGCCCCGAGCCUCUGGCCAACGGUAGCGUCAGUGUAGCGGGGCUGUGUGUCAACUGGAACCAGUACUACACCAGGUGUCAUACUGGGUACAGCAACCCCCACAAAGGUGCCAUCAACUUCGACAACAUCGCGUAUGCCUGGAUUGUCAUUUUUCAGGUGAUCACUCUGGAGGGCUGGGUGGAGAUCAUGUACUAUGUGAUGGAUGCUCACUCCUUCUAUAACUUCAUCUACUUCAUCCUGCUUAUAAUUAUCGGUUCCUUCUUCAUGAUCAACCUGUGCCUCGUGGUCAUCGCCACCCAGUUCUCAGAGACCAAGCAGCGGGAGCAUCAGCUGAUGCAGGAGCAGCGAGCUCGGUGUUCGUCCUCCUCCACUCUGGCCAGUGAACCCGGGGACUGCUACGAAGAGCUCUUCCAGCUGGUCUGCCACAUCCUCCGCAAGGCCCGGAGACAGACUGUUGCCCUUUUUAACACUCUGCGGGGGAAACCUCGUGGCUUUCGGGGUGUCGGUAGAGGGAGAGGGGGGCGGGAAGGCAGGGAGAGGAAAGCCAAUGGACGUGGAGGGCGUGAGAGGAGAGCAGUGUUGAGACACGGUCCUCCCUGUCGGCAUCACAAUAAACCAGAGAACUCCUCGCCCGCUGGGCCUGUGGCCCUGACCGCUGCCUCUGCCACAGAUGGUUGCCCUCAGUGUGCCGCGGCACUGAUGCUCAGUGACGGUAUGGGACCAGUUCACAGUGCAGCCAAUGAUGAAACAGAAGAGGGAGCCUUGGAGGAAACAGACCGGGAGGGCGUACAGUCUGGUGAUAAAGAGAAGGCGAAUAAAGGCCGCCAUAGUUCAGGGAACCAUGUGGGUUGUAAUCCCAAGAAGCGAUGCAAGGACCUAUGGUAUGAGAUUAGGAUGAAGUUAUGGAGCAUCGUGGAGAGCAAGUACUUCAACCGAGGCAUCAUGAUCGCCAUCCUCAUCAACACCGUCAGCAUGGGCAUCGAGCACCACGAGCAGCCAGACGAGCUCACUAACGUUCUGGAGAUCUGCAACAUCGUCUUCACCAGCAUGUUCUCCUUGGAGAUGAUCCUCAAGCUCACAGCUUUCGGCUCGUUCAACUACCUGAGAAACCCCUACAACGUCUUUGAUGGAGUCAUCGUAAUCAUAAGUGUAUGUGAGAUUGUCGGCCAGUCCGACGGCGGCUUGUCCGUGUUGAGGACCUUCAGGCUGCUCAGGGUACUGAAGUUGGUGAGGUUCAUGCCAGCUCUCAGGAGGCAGCUGGUGGUUCUAAUGAAGACCAUGGACAACGUGGCCACCUUCUGCAUGCUGCUCAUGCUCUUCAUCUUCAUCUUUAGUAUCCUUGGGAUGCACAUCUUUGGCUGCAAAUUCAGCCUUAAGACGGAGACCGGAGACACAGUACCAGACAGGAAAAACUUUGAUUCACUGCUCUGGGCCAUUGUCACAGUUUUCCAGAUUCUAACCCAGGAGGACUGGAAUGUGGUUUUAUACAAUGGUAUGGCAGCCACCUCUCCACUUGCCGCUCUUUACUUUGUUGCCCUCAUGACCUUUGGAAACUAUGUCCUCUUCAACCUGCUGGUUGCCAUUUUGGUUGAAGGCUUUCAGGCAGAGGGUGAUGCAAAUUGUUCCUAUUCCGACGAAGACCACUCCUCUUCCAACUUUGACGAGAGCGAGAAACACGACUCCAUAAAGCUGUCUGACCCGAGGAUCUGCACCCUGACACCAAAUGGACACCUGGAGCUUGGCGCCCUUUCUGGGCCCAGGGGAUCCUACUCCUCAGAGAGACGGAGCUUCACCUUCGAGUCCAGAAAGAGCAGCGUGAUGAGUCUGGGCAAGAACAGCCUGGAAAGACGCUCCCUCUCCCUGCGCCACGGACGCAGUUCCCACUACCACAACUGGGGGCGCCCUUUCCACCCACAGUCUGCGUGGAGUCGCAGGUCUAGCUCAAACAGUCUGGGUCGGAGGAGCUACGGGUACGGCGGGGCCCCUCCAGUGGGAGGCAGCCUCCGUGUGCGCAGCACCCGCUCCCCACAUUCCUACACUUACGCUGCAGAGCAGGAGUCCCUCCUGUCUCACCAACACCACUCCCAUCACCCUCUGCCCCCUCAUCAUCCGCCUCCGCCCCCGCUGCUGCUCUCCAGGCAUUUCGGUGCACGGAGGGAUCGCCGGGCGCUCUCCUUGGAGCUCCCGGAGCUGUUUCAGGCUGGUGGACAGCCCCAGUACCCGCCCCCUAGCCACCCAGAUCCUGGGGGGAGGAGGAGCGGGUCAGGGGCGGCGGGGUCCCUCACAGGAGGGUCUGGGGCCGGUAGCGGUUUAGGAACGGGCCACCGAGACUGCAACGGCAAGGCACCGGUUCACCACGCUCAGCUGAUGGCUGAGGUUUUCCCACAAGUCAACGCACGCAAGGACCGAGCCGACCUUGAUGAAGAAACAGACUAUAGUUUGUGCUUCCGUAUCCAGAAGAUGAUGGAGGUCUACAAGCCCGACUGGUGUGAAUCCAGAGAGGAGUGGUCUGUCUACAUGUUCUCCCCUCAGAACAAGUUCAGGCUGCUCUGCCAGUCCAUUAUCGCUCAUAAACUCUUUGACUACGUGGUCCUGGUCUUCAUCUUCCUCAACUGCAUCACAGUGGCCCUGGAGAGGCCGAAGAUCCUGCAAGGCAGCCUGGAGAGAGUGUUUCUCACCAUUUCCAACUACAUCUUUACUGCCAUCUUCGUUGCAGAGAUGACCGUCAAGGUGGUGUCGAUGGGUCUGUACCUGGGGGAGACGGCCUACCUGAGGAGCAGCUGGAACAUCCUAGAUGGCUUCCUGGUCUUUGUGUCUCUGAUCGACAUUGUGGUGUCCAUGGCAGGGGGGGCCAAGAUCCUGGGGGUUCUUCGGGUUCUCAGGUUGCUCAGGACGCUGCGCCCUCUCAGGGUCAUCAGUCGAGCUCCAGGGCUGAAGCUGGUGGUAGAGACCCUCAUCACAUCCCUCAAACCCAUCGGAAACAUCGUCCUGAUCUGCUGCGCUUUUUUCAUCAUCUUUGGCAUUCUUGGUGUUCAGCUCUUCAAAGGCAAAUUCUACUACUGUGUGGGUUUCGACGUGAAGAACAUCACGAAUAAAUCUGACUGUCUGGCUGCCAACUAUCGAUGGGUUCACCACAAAUACAACUUUGACAACCUUGGGCAGGCUCUGAUGUCCCUGUUUGUGCUGGCGUCCAAAGAUGGCUGGGUCAACAUCAUGUACCAUGGACUGGACGCAGUGGGAAUUGACCAGCAGCCGACAACAAACAACAACCCGUGGAUGCUGCUCUACUUCAUCUCCUUCCUCUUGAUCGUCAGCUUCUUCGUCCUCAACAUGUUCGUGGGCGUGGUGGUGGAGAACUUCCACAAAUGCCGGCAGCACCAGGAGGUGGAGGAGGCCAGGCGGCGGGAGGAAAAACGCCAGCGUCGCAUGGAGAAGAAGAGGAGAAAGGCCCAGAAGCUGCCGUACUAUUCGUCCUACGGCCGUGCCCGCCUGGCAAUCCACACUCUGUGUACCAGCCACUACCUGGACCUGGUCAUCACCUUUAUUAUCUGCAUCAAUGUCAUCACCAUGUCCCUGGAGCACUACAGCCAGCCGCAGUCUCUGGAGACCGCUCUGAAGUACUGCAACUACUUCUUCACGUCCACCUUUGUGAUCGAGGCCUCUCUCAAGCUGGUCGCCUUUGGCUUUCGGCGCUUCUUCAAGGACAGGUGGAAUCAGCUGGACUUGGCCAUUGUGCUGCUGUCGGUGAUGGGCAUCACCCUGGAGGAGAUCGAGAUCAACGCCUCCCUCCCCAUCAACCCCACCAUCAUCAGGAUCAUGAGGGUGCUCAGGAUAGCACGAGUUUUGAAGUUGUUGAAAAUGGCAACCGGGAUGAGAGCCCUACUUGACACGGUGGUUCAGGCGCUGCCUCAGGUGGGAAACUUGGGCCUACUCUUCAUGUUGCUGUUUUUCAUCUAUGCCGCCCUUGGGGUUGAACUGUUUGGAGAGCUAGUGUGCAAUGCUGACUACCCCUGUGAAGGAAUGAGUCGCCAUGCAACCUUUGAAAACUUUGGGAUGGCCUUCCUUACGCUCUUCCAGGUUUCCACUGGGGACAACUGGAAUGGCAUCAUGAAGGACACGCUAAGGGAGUGCCCACCAGAUCGUCCGGGCGGUGACUACGGCUGCCACGCCGGUCUGCAGUUCAUCUCCCCGAUGUAUUUCGUGUCCUUCGUGCUCACGGCUCAGUUUGUCCUGAUAAACGUGGUGGUCGCAGUGCUCAUGAAGCAUCUGGACGACUCCAACAAGGAGGCCCAGGAGGACGCAGAGAUGGACGCUGAGAUCGAGCUGGAGCUGGCUCAGGGAGGCCUCUGCUGCAUGAUGGGGGGCAUCGGGGCCAUUGCCGGGGCCACCACCGCGGCAGCUGCGGGCGGGGCGGGUGUAGGCGCUGGGGCAUCCGGUGUGAUCACGGGUGGGACGGUUGGAGGCCAGGGCGGAGGGCUGAUGGCGCCUCUGAGAGACGGUGGGGGAGGCAGUGCAGCUCAUGAAGGACACACACACCACAGAUGUCGACUCUACUCUCCUGCUCAGGAGAGCCAGUGGUUGGACAGCGUGUCACUGCUGAUUAAAGACUCGUUGGAGGGGGACAUGAUUGACAACCUCUCUGGUUCGGUGUUUCACCACUACUGCUCUCCUCCUGUCUGCAAGGACUGCAAGAGUCAUCCGGAAGAGAUCCGACUGGCAGAGGUGGAGCAGGUAUCGCUGAUGUCGGAGCAGCUGUCAGACAAGUCUUCAUCUCCGGCUCUGCCCGAUGACCUCAGCCUGGAUGAACCGAGCGGCUACCAGCUGGUCAGGGACAGCCAGAGGGGCAGCAGUGACUCCCACAGUUCGGAGGAGCUGCCCUCCAGCUCAGGGAGCGAGGAGGGCGCCCAGGAGUUGUUGGAGGUGGGCAUCCAUCCACAGUUGAAUCCUCCCUCGCAGGAACAGCAGAGCUUGGCACGCUGCACAGAUGGUAAUGGGGGAAGAUGUGAGGUGGAGGAAAUUGAGCGUGAUCAUGAGUCUUUACCCAUAUUCCACCUGCCAGCGGACUUCUUCCACCCUGCAGCCGCUGCUCAUCCCGAGAGUCCUGGGAAAGGUGUCAGCCCGGGGGAGAGAGGGCCAUCCAGGUUGGCCUCCCCAGCCUCCUGGGCCUCUCUCCGUUCACCUGGAGCCAACAGCAGGCCCCUGAGUUCUCAGCACCCGUCCCACAGUGACUCUUCCCUUGCCACGGGGAGUUCGGAGAGCAGCCUCCAAACCACACUGGAAGAAGGCCUCAGCUUCAGCAUCUCCCCGCCUCAACAUCCGGAUCUCCCCGUGCCUCUCCUCUGCCCUCUCCCCAGCCACCCAUCACACCAACAGGGACAAAAAACAGGAGACCAGCACCCCUCUUCACUAAAGAGGCGCAGCACUACUUUUAAUCUCCAAGCCACCCGGCGGCACCAGAGGAGCCAGAGUAGCAGCGGCGGCGGCAGCACCAGCCCCGGCUGCCAGCGACAGGAUUCCAUGGACCCUUCAGAUGAGGACGUGGGGACGGGCAAGGAAGGCUGCCGCCAGACCUUCUAUACUGAACACUUGUCAGAAACACUGAACAGCCUCUCCCUGACGUCGCUACUCACUCCGGACACUCUUGCACCCCCGCUGGUGAAGAAAAGCAACAGCACAGGCUCUCUGGACCAAACCAAUCUAUCUGCACGGAGCAAAGAUGCCCAUCACUCAUACGCCAUAGAUGCCCAUGGUUUCUUGUCCAAUCCCUGGAGAGAGGGAAUGGCAAGAGGUGAGAAGGAGGACCUGACGGGCUUCAGCAUGAAAAGCACCAGUCAGCCCACAGAUGAAGGCUCCAGGAAAAAAAGAUGAAACACUUGUUGCCUCUCUGUAGUGGAACUCUUUGAAACAUUUGCAUUUCUGAACCUUGAACAGAACAGGUAGAGACUUUUAUUACAUGUCCUGUGAACCCGAUGCUGAAAUGUUCUCGUCUUUGAAUCGUCCGUUCUCUCUGUUUCCUCCUCAGAGUUGGAUGCUUGGGAUAAGUCAUUUCUCAAAAGAGUCUUGACGUCCUUUCUUCCCGUAGGAUGCGUGAUCGCCCUUUGACAGGUCUUAAGAAUAAUGGCAAAGCGGUUUAGCCUUUUAGCAUUACCAGGAUUCAGCCUUUAAAGAUGUGGCAUUCCUGGGCUUACGUUUGCGCCAUGUGGACAAAAUACUCAGAAAGCCAUUAGAGGGACAGGUCUGACAAUUGCGGUGAUUUGUGAACAUUGCUAAGACGGUGUUAUUUAGAUGGAACUGCAAAGAAAUUCAGUUUUCUCUAAGGAACAGGGCUCGCUUGACCUAAUGUGCCCUCAACCCUUGUGCAAAAACAGUGUUGUCAAUAGUGGACAGAGGGUACUUUACCAAGGCUUCAUAUGAGGAACAACUGAACUUUGUACAGUUUUUUUGUAAUAUCCAUCAGUAACAGUAGCAUCAGCCGUUUUCCUCUUUAGCACAUUUGAUGGGUAUUGGAAAACUGAAAGGUUGUAUAUUCCGUAGGGUGUUUUUAUGAAUGUAGACACGUGAGAAAGUGAAAGACAAAGCAUGAAGCCUGGCUAGUUUGAAAACUAACAAAGAGCCUCUUUGAAAAGAAGAAUGGUUAUUUGACCGCUGCUGAGAAUACAUGAGGGGUAGUUAGUGGAAGCACUUGGCCAUUUUUAGAGUGGAAUCUUUUACUUGCUUUCUACAUACCCAUGAAAGGGCUAAAAUGUAUUGAGCGCAGACCUGGGUCAAAUACUACUGGGAAAAAAAAAAAAAAACUGUUCCCACCUCCCAGAGUGUCAGAAAAUCUCUCUGUAGAGGAGUGUGUUCCUUUAAAACAUGUCUACUGAUGCUAAUUAUAAAAUGAAAGACAGACCUUAAUCAGUUCAAACACCUGAAAUAAGGUUUCCACACAUAAAACACGCACACAGUUUUCUAAAGGUACAAGCAAGUUUGAAAACAAAAUGAGGGAAAAAAGCUUAUUCUGGGAUCAUAUUCUACAUAUAAAUAUAUACAUAUACAGUAUAUAUGUGUGUGUGCGGUCUGUUUUUCAGCCAUUUCUCCCAAUUUCAACAUCUGUGUUAAACACAGUGUCUCAAGAUGGACAGUUUAGAUUAUGUAGCUUAGCCUGCAAAUGAAAUGGUCAAACAAUCUGAGUUGAUGAGUCUUGGAGCAGAUGAAGAAACAGCACAGUGUCAUCAUAUUUAAUCAGCUGAUUAACGUCAUGGACACCAAUCAUGUUAUGGUUAAGAAGAUAACGUAUCUUUAUCGUUAGCGACACGUCUUUACUUCACAGACUGCAAAGGUAUUGGGCAUUUUCAUCAAUUGACUCAUGUACAAGGACACACAUUUCCUUUUUUUGGUUGUGACAAUCGUCAUGACUUAUAUGAAGGUGUUGCCACCAGCAGAGAGGUCGAGACACCAAUAAACGUCUGCAGAAGGAGGUUGGAGGGCGAUGGUGGCUCAUAUGAACAAAACACUAGGUUAGGUUAGGAGAAGAUCAGUUGAAAUACGCACUUUUAUACAUGUGGUACAGGCAAAGGUUAAUGCCAGUUGAAAUACUUCUACAAUAAUUUUAACGUUUGGGUGUGUUAAUAUAUAUAUAUAAGUGUUUUUCAUCCAAAGAAUUGAAUUUAAUUUGUGGCCAAGGCUUAUUGGAUCAAUAUGUCCUCCCUCAUGACAAAAAUGUUAAAGGCAAAGGUUAGCACCAGUCCAAAUGUUACAUAUAUUUGACUUUUUUAAUCAACUCUCAUAGGCAUGAACAGAAUUAGAUUUGUUUCCUUCGUUAAGUGGCUCAGUAAUGCUCCUAAAAUAGCCUCUCAUUAAGUGUUUCAGAAAGUAAACUUCUGUCGACAUGCUACCAAGUAGCUAAUUAAAUUAACAUUUUUUAGUGGUUUGCCGGCUGAUUGCUUUUUCUCUUUCCUCUCCUAAUCUACUGCCCUCACGAAUCAGACUUUAACAUUGGAUUGUUUCGAGCUGGCCACCCUUCUAAAAUAGACAAAACAAUUAGAAUCGUGACGUUCGCGAAUCAAUCGGAUCCAUUGACCAACUCUUUAAAACGGUCCAUGUCCAUGUUUUCCCACAAAAUUUAUCUAGAAUCAAUAGUUCAGAAUAAUAAACACUCGGCUAUCCCAAGUCUGAGUUUAAUCAGAUCUCACCCUACCAUUUAGAGAUGCACAAUUACGGUCAAAAUGAUAGUCACGAUUAUUUUGAUUAAUACUGUAAUCAUGAUUAUUAAUCACGAUUAUUAAUCACGAUUAUUCAUCCUGUUAGGGAAAACAUCCAUAUUUUUAUUGCACUACUUUUAAACAAAAAAAUAUUAGAACAGUUGUCAAUGUGAAAUGAAACUUUUAAUUAGGAUAAAUGCUUAAUAAUGAAAAAUAAAAUUUACACAUUUGGUUGCCGGGGUGUCAGAU